AGCAUGUCUACAAAUAAUAAUAAUCUUUGUGUAGACCCUUCAAGAUUAACUCUAGCUAUUUUUGGGGCAAUUUUUGGGACUCUUUUGUUGUGUACUGGGUUUGCGUUAGCUUUAUGGUAUUUGGUCAGAAAUCAUCAAUUUGAUAAACUACUCUUUCCGGAAGCAGCCGGAAAAUACAAUAAUAGACGGAAGAAACAACAACAAAAAACAGAAAAUGAAGCAGAAGCAGCCCAAGAAAACAAUACUAUUGAAGAAAUUACUUCAACAACCCAGAAAGAAUUUAAAAAUGAAAUAGUGCUGGAAAUGAAUGAAAUAAACAAAACAACAAAAAUAGUUGAAAUAAAAUCACCUCAAGCUCAGCAACAACCAUUGUCCCCAAGAGAAGAAGAAAUUUAUGGGACAGCAGAAGACUAUCAAAUAAAAAGACCCCCAAAAAUUAAGGAAAAAAAUUUUGAAAAAAUAAAUGAAGAAAAUAAUAGAAAAAUGGAAGAGGAAGAAGAGAAAAUAAGGGAGGAAGAAGAAAAGAAGAAAGUAGAGGAUGAAGUGGAUAAGACGAAAAAGACUGAAAUUAGUAAUGGGAAGAAAUUUAUGAGUGAGAUUGCCGCCGCUGCUGUAAUUUCUACCAUAAACGGAAAUUCUAAGAAAAAUGAGGCUAUUAAUGAAAUAAAACAACAGCAAGCAACAACAAUUAUUGGAUCACCAAAAAAUGGCAAAUUAUUAAAAGAAGAGAAAUUAGAAAAAAUAAAAGAAGAUGAAGAAGAAUAUUUAAAAAAUAAUUUAUUAAAUAAAGAAAAAAUAAAUGGAUGGACAGAAAAUAAUAAAAAAGAGGAAGAAAAUGAGGAAAAUAUUCAACAAGAAGAAGAACUUGUACCUGAACAUUUACGUUCAAUGCUAUCAGAAGAACAAUUUGGAAUGUUAGAAGCAAAUAAACGCAGAUUAGAACAAGAACGGAGACAAUUAAGGGAAUUGGGUGUUAUUUUUUAA